AUGAUAGUUAUCUCAGAAGCAAGGAUUGAAGACACUCACCAGGGCCGUAGCGAAAAGAGGGCGUUUCCCAGGAAGCGGGACCUCCCCAGCGAAGCCCCCACAACUCCUCUGCCAGAUGCCUCGGCCUCCCCCCUGUCUCCACACCAAAGAGCCAAGUCACUGGACAGGAGGUCCACGGAGUCCUCCCUGAUGCCUAACCUGCUGAAUUUCAAGAAAGGCUGGCUGACUAAGCAAUAUGAGGACGGCCAGUGGAAGAAACACUGGUUUGUCCUUGCUGAUCAAAGCCUGAGAUACUACUACAGGGAUUCGGUGGCUGAGGAGGCAGCUGACUUGGAUGGGGAAAUCGACUUGUCUGCCUGUUAUGAUGUCACAGAGUAUCCAGUCCAGAGAAACUACCGCUUUCAGAUACACACAAAUGAGGGCGAGUUCACCCUCUCUGCUAUGAUGUCUGGCAUCUGGCGGAAUUGGAUCCAGACCAUUAUGAAGCACGUCCACCCGGCCUCAGUCCCAGAUGUGACAAGGUCGUUGCCAGAGGGAAAGAACUGGAGCAGCUCCUCCUCUGAGACCUGCUGGAGGUCCAGUGAAAAGCAGGAGCCAGACCCUGAGCAGAGGAGGGGCCGGGCUGAGGAGCGGAGGCGGGAGGGGCGCUCCAAGACCUUUGACUGGGCCAAGUUCUGCCCCAUCCAGCAGGCGUUGGCUCAGGAGAGGGCUAGCGCCACAGCGCCCUCCGACGCCCACCCUGAGGCAGAGCCAGGGGAGAUGGGGCAGGAGCGUGUGCGGCGACGGGAAGAAUGCCGCAGGUGCAUCGGGACGCUCGAUGCUGUGGACAGGCCAGGCACCGACGCAGCCCUGCGGAUGGAGGUUGACUGGAGCCUGGGGCUGCCUGGGGCCACCAACCUCAAGACACAGAAUGUCCACGUGGAGAUCGAGCAGCGGUGGCAUCAGGUGGAGACCACCCCUCUCCGGGAGGAAAAGCAGGUUCCCACUGCCCCCCUGCAGCUAUCCUCCUCUGAGGUUGGAAGUGAUCAACUCUCCACUUACGAGCUAACCUCACUGCUGGAAAAGGAGUUGGAGCAGAGCCAGAAGGAGGCCUCAGAUCUUUUGAAGCAGAACUGGCUCCUGCAGGACCAGUUGAGGGUGGCUCUGGGCCGGGAACAGAGUGGCUGGGAGGGCUAUGUGCUACAGGCCACAUGUGAGCAAGGCUUUGCAGCAGUGGAAGAAAUGCACCAGAAGAUCGAAGACCUGCAGAGGCAGCACCAGAGGGAGCUGGAGAAGCUGCGGGAGGAGAAGGACCACCUCCUGGCCGAGGAGACAGCGGCCACCAUCUCAGCCAUCGAAGCCAUGAAGAACGCCCACCGGGAGGAGAUGGAGCGUGAGCUGCGGAAGAGCCAGCGGUCCCAGAUCAGCAGCAGCAAUUCAGACAUUGAGGCCCUGCGGAGGCAGCACCUGAAGGAGCUGCCGUCAGUGCAGCAGGAGCUGGAGGUCCUCUCGGAGCAGUACUCACAGAAGUGCCUGGAGAACGCCCACCUGGCCCAGGCACCGGAGGCCGAGUGGCAGGCCCUGCGGCAGUGCCAGCGGGAGAACCAGGAGCUCAACGCCCACAAUCAGGAGCUAAACAACCACCUGGCUGCGGAGAUGGCCCAGUUACUGACGCUGCUGACCGGGGACACUGGCGGGGAGGCUGCUGGCUCACGUCUCACACAGGGGAAGGACACCUAUGAGUUAGAGGUCUUAUUGCUGGUCAAGGAAUUGGAAAUACAGUACCUAAAGCAGGAGAUCAGCUCUCUCAAGGAUGAGCUGCAGAUGGCAUUACGGGAAAAGAAGUAUGCUAGUGACAAGUACAAGGACAUCUACACCAAGCUCAGCAUCGUGAGGGCCAAGGCCGACUGCGAUGUCAGCAGGCUGGGGGAGCAGCUGAAGGCUGCAACAGAGGCACUGGGCAAAAAGCCCCCUGAAAACACCCCCGUGACAGGAUAUGAUAUAAUGAAAUCUAAAAGCAAUCCUGACUUCUUGAAUAAAGACAGAUCCUGUGUCGGCCGGCAACUCAGAAACGUCAGAUCCAAGUCCGUAAUUGAGCAGGUCUCAUGGGAUAACUGAAACGAGCCCGCUUCCAGGUCCCCUGUCAUAGUCUGAAAG